AUGAUCCACUUUGUUGUAAUCCAUAGGUUUCCUAGGUGUUGGCUCGACGAGAGCUGCGGUGAAAUUGUGGCUUCAGCUCUGGCGUCAGAGAACAGCCAUCUGAGAGAGCUGGACCUCAGCGACAACAAACUGACAGACACCGGGGUGGAGGGGAUCUCCACUGGGCUUAUGAGUCCACACUGUGAACUGAAGAUACUGAGACUUGUCCGUUGUGAGGUCACUUCCUGUGGAAGUUUGUCCCCUGCUCUAGCAGCCUCCCAGUUGGAGGAACUGCAUCUGAGCUGCAACACCCUGGGCGACAUGGGACUGAAGCUGCUCUCUGCUGGACUGGAGGAUCCACACUGUCAGAUACAGAAACUGGGACUGAGGCAGUGUAAUCUAUCAGAGUUAUCCUGUGAGUCCCUGUCCUCUGUCCUGUGUUCAAACUCAACCCUGAUAGAGCUGGACCUGAGAGACAACGACUUGGGGGAUUCAGGAGUGGAGCGACUCUCUGCUGCCCUGGGGGACCCUCGCUGUGCCUUGCAGGUUUUGGGGCUGUCUGGUUGUCUGGUCACAGAGGAAGGCUGUGCUUCUCUGGAUUCAGCUCUGAGGUCAAACCCCUCCCACCUGAGAGAACUGGACCUGAGCUACAAUCACCCAGGAGACUCUGGAGUGAAGCUGCUCUCUGCUAGACUGGAGGAUCCACACUGUAGACUGGAUAAACUCAAUGUGGACUUGUGUGGAGAGUGCAGGAUCAAACCAGGCCUGAGGAAAUAUUCCUGUGAGCUCACCCUGGACCCAGAUUCUGCACACAUUGACCUGAGGCUGUCUGAGGAUAGGAGGACAGUGUUGUGGAGAGAGGACAAUGCUAACAGUCAGAGUAGUGCUAGCAUAGGAAACGAAGCUAACAAUGCUAACAGUGGGGAUGGUGCUAGCAUAGGAAACGAAGCUAACAAUGCUAACAGUGGGUAA